CCGUCCCCGCGGGAUAGCCGUAUUCUUUGCCUUCUAGCGGGACGGCAUCAUUACAAACUUGCUUUGAACAUUGUUUUAUUUAUAUAUCCGAAGAGUCUUCCCCUCAACUCAAGAUUGUGUGUCUUUCACGACCAAUUUACCCUUUUAAGAGACAACAGAUUUUUGAAUGGACAACGAGAGUGUAUGAAAAACUUCAAGUGUAAUUAUUUUCUGUGGCUAAAGAACACCGCAACUUAUGGCAUGUUUUGGUCGUACUCCGACCGAGUUUUUCUGUCAUAUCGUUCUACUCGACGAAAGCGAAUUCCCCAUAGAAAUAACGAAAUCAACCAAAGGUUUUGAGGUGCUUGAGAAAGUGUUUGAUCACCUUAAUCUGCUGGAGAGAGACUACUUUGGCUUGCGGUUCAUUGAGAAGAACACACAAUCAAGAUGGCUGGAUCCCAUGAAGUCAGUUACCAAACAACUGAAAGCUGGACCACCAUAUCUGAUGUACUUUUGUGUCAAGUUUUAUGCUGCUGAUCCCAAUAAAUUGCACGAAGAACUCACACGAUAUUUAUUUUUUCUUCAAGUCAAAAGAGAUAUUUUCCAAGGAAGGCUGCCUUGUCCUCAAAACGUGCUUGCCGAACUCUCUGGCUACGCAAUACAAUCCGAAUUAGGUGAUUUUGACUACCAGUCGUACACCCCUGGAUAUGUAUCAGAGUUUAGAUUUGUUCCCAAACAGACGGAAGAUUUGGAAGAGAAGAUUUCCGACUGUCACAAACGAUUAAUAGGUGUAGUCCCGUCAGUGGCAGAGUACAUGUACUUAGACAAGGCCAAGUGGUUGGAAAUGUACGGGGUGGACCUCCAUCUUGUCAAGGGCGAAGAUGGCGUCGAAUACUUCGUUGCGCUCAAACCCGCUGGCGUCGUCGUCUAUCAUAACAAAACCGCUGUUGGAACGUACCUCUGGCAAAAGAUAACGAAGAUCGAUUUUAAAGGCAAAAAGUUUUCGCUAAACGUCCAGGGAAAAGAGGACCGGGAGUACGUAUACGUGUUCUACCUGCCCAACAAGUCCGCCUGCAAACACUUGUGGAAGUGCUGCGUGGAGCACCACGCCUUCUUCAGGCUCGAUCGCGUGAAACCCGUGUCUCAAUCAAGCUCUGGGCUGUUCCGAACUGGAUCGGGAUUUAGAUACAGUGGUCGAACGCAAAAAGAAGCGCUCGAAGAAGGUCGAAGGCUUGCCCGGCCAAACCCUCAAGUGAAAAGGAAACCGAGUAAACGCUAUGAAAGACGCACGAGUCAGUCAAACGAUCGAGCGCAGGGCAACGUCACGGUGGUCAGUACUGCGCAUGUGCAAGUCCGCGCUGAUGACGUACAGGCUAUGAACGUUAGUGGAGUGAAGUCUGACGGACGUCCGUCGAGUUCCGGGCAAGAUGUUUACGAUGGUAGUCGCCAGUCCACGCACGGUCCGGCCCUACCUUGGGAGGAACUGGCGCAGACUCAAGCUGGUCUUUAUACCCCAGCUCCCGAAUCUCCUCGCUCUGUUCGAAGUAACAACUCAACAGGAAGAUCUAAACGACGAAGCCGAUCACCCAAGUUUCCCCGGCCCCACAGCCGUCGGUCUGGUCAGAGCAGUGGCAGUGAAACUGAACCGUCUAAAAGAAGGUCUCGGUCAGCGUACUAUUCGGACGAUGACGUCGGCAGAAGGAAGCGUCACCACAAACGGAAGCAUCAUCGGCACGCCCACUCGGCCGCAGAGUAUUCUGGGAGUGAUGGGGAGAGUCUUCCCUCCAGGCGCGGUCGCAGAAAAGCUCCCAGACCCGUGGUGAAUCCACAGGAGGUUGCCAAGCUAGGCGAUGCUGCGCCAUAUCACUGGGAUAAAGUCACGGGAGAAGAGUUUAGGCCUCGUCAUCAUCAUCAUAAUCAUCAUCGUCAUGCGGCUUCUGAACGCGACGCGAGAAGCGAUGGUUCCGGUCGCCAUAGACACAGUCGAUCAGUGACCAGCGAACCACCAGACCCGCCAAACCGACGUAUCAUGACACCGCCGUUACCUAGCAACGGAAUGGUUCCCGCCCUUGACGUCAUCCAACCACGUGUAGCCGUCACUCGCGUAGCUAAGGAGAACCGGCACCGUCAUCGUCACCAUAGAAACAGUCACUAUGGAUACCAAUCUAGUGAGUCGAUACAGACGACAUUCUCGGCACCACCGGCACCCCCUACUAAACUUCUUCUCGAGCUUGGACCCCCCGGAUCUAGAGAGCACCCCCCUGGUCAUCCAGGGCUGCGGCGUCUUUACAAUAAUAGCACCUCAGACCAGAUGUACAGCGGGCGCAGUUCACGCAUGCCCAAUUACGAGGAAUUCACUAACGGCACGUUGCAUGAUGAGUCCGAGCCGUAUCCCAUGAGACCAAAGAACGGUCAUAUUCCCUCUAUUGAUCGUUAUGGUGUCACAAAGCAAGCGGACUACAUUGAAGUGGUGUCAGGGCCUCCAAUCAAUCAAAGGGCAGACCCACUCAUCACGAAUUACAACUAUAGCCCGAGGCGGGCAAUGCAAACUGGGAAGUCUACGGUUUUGUAGUCAUGGCAACCAAGUUAAGACCUAGCUAGAGUGAAAGCGUGUUAGGUUUUUUCAUGGAAGGAUAGCUAUUUUUUUAGGAUAACAUGCUUUCGUUAGCUUUGCCUUUUUUAUGUCGCUAGCUUUCAAAGGCCCUCCACUCAUAACACAAACUCGUCACGACUUACCUUCGGAACGAAAGUCUUAAAAGCUUUAUAAUCUAUUGCUUAACUUCUUCUUACACUGAUUGCUGUUGUUUUGGCUGUUAGAAGACGUACUUUAUUUUUUAACAUUGUUUUUCUUGAUAUGAACAUUUUUCCAAGGAUAUGUUGUCAUGCAUCUUCGUAUUUAUUUAUUGUUUAUCAAUAAUAAUAAUAUCAAACCUUUGCUACGUUUUCCUUGAGCUCUGCGUUCUACGCAUGCUUGAACUACGAGUAAUCUACAGUGGAAGAAGACGCUUCAGUGCAUAUUUGUAAUUUCAAAGUUUCAAUAAACUUUAAAGUUCUUAAAA